GAGGUACGAUGUGUACCAAAUAAAUACUAAGAUUUAUGAACUAACAACGAAAAUAAUAGUCAUUAACAUAAAAUUUAAAAAUAUACACAUCACGUUGGCUGUAUGUAGUGAUGCCUUAGCAAGUCAAACUGACAAGUAUAUAGUAACCCCGGCACCACCCUAAUUUUAUUGAUUUUCUUGUCAGCCAUCAUUGACAGAUGUGAGACUGAGACACGAUACGAAAGGUCGACGGGAUGCAAAACUAACAACAGAGCAAAUUCCAUGUCUCCAAUAAAUUAAGCAUAACAAUAGCAUAUACCGAGGAUAUUAGUAAUGCAUGUACACGUACAGAAUGCUCUUAUAAAACUUGUAGUAGCUAGGCUAGUUUGAAAAUAUAAAUAUGAUUUAUAUAAAUGUAAUACAUAUACGUAGAAAGCUAUGCUGAAAUUGACAAAUAGUGUUUGCAGAUAUUUAGUGUUUAAAUGUGAGAAGGUUCACAAGGCUCAUGUGAGGAAUAUCUCACAAAUAACUAGUAAGUGGAAGCCAUGUGGUACCGAAUGUGUGAGCAUAAAAGUAACUGCACAGUUCCAUUCGACCCAACAGUUGCGACAACACGGCCACGGGAAGAAACGGCUGAAGAUUAAAAUUCCGCCUUUGGCCUCUAAUGAAACUCGCGAAGUUAGAGCGAUGAGUCAUCCAACGAAGCCGUCACGGCAGCACGCCAGCUGUGGGGGUGACUUCGAAGUUGCUACGGAAAGCGAUGACGAUUGGUGGCAGUACACGAGGGAGGCGGGAUACACGGGUGACGGCCGGACACACAAUAUUCCCCCGGACUUCAGGGUGUGGGAGGUUUUAGGACAAGGGCACGAUCCUAGAUACGGGGCAACUUUUACAUUCAAAAUUCUAUCGUACAACGUUUUGGCGCAGUAUCUAUUAGAGUCCCAUCCUUAUUUGUACACGGACUGCUCCCCUCGCGACCUCAAGUGGAAGAUCCGUGCCGCCCGCCUGUAUGAUGAAAUAACUCGUAUGGCUCCAGACGUAAUAUGUUUGCAAGAGGUCCAAGUAUCACACUUGGAAAGCUUUUACUCUAAGUUUGAAAAGAUUGGUUAUUUCGGCGUAGUAAAGCAGAAGACGGGCCAUCGUCAGGACGGGUGUGCAAUCUACUUUAAAACAUCGAUGUUCCAAUUGACGGACCAUGUGCACGUGGAAUUUUUCCAACCGGAAUUACCGAUCUUGAACAGGGAUAACAUCGGGGUGAUGGUAAAAUUAUUGCCACAUGAUCGUCCAUGCACGCCCAUCGUGGUGGCCACCACCCACCUGCUUUACAACCCUAAGAGAACUGAUGUCCGCAUCGCGCAGAUGAAAUUAUUUUUGGCCGAAAUUGAUCGCUUUGCUUACUUUAACAACGGCCGAGAAUGUGGUCACCUACCCAUUAUACUGACAGGUGACUUUAAUUCCACCCCCGACAGUCCAGUAGUAAAGCUAUUGGACAGAGGCCGCGUAAGCGUGGGCCAAUUCCGAGAUGGUUCCGAUUGGCGGCGCAUAGCCGUGACGGACAACUGCCAGCAUCUGUCUGUUAUCUUGGACAGGCAAAUCAGACGGUUCACUAACUUCAAUCAAACCCAAAUUUUCAACUCCAUUUACUCCUUCUAUGGCAACUCGUGUGAGCACCCACCGCUUCCCGUCGAACAGUACAGCGGAAUGUUCAAUACUGGCAUCAUUGGGCACUCCCUUAAUCUGUGCUCUGUAUACGAUCCUUACAUCGUCAAUGGGAGACUCGGAGUCACUACGUUCCAAGACUAUUGGGUCAAUGUCGAUUAUAUCUAUUUCAGCCGUUACAGUUGCUUGAACUUGAUUAAGCGUUUGCGAUUGCCCAACGAUGUCGACUGUUCGGUUCUGGGCCGUCUGCCUAACCAAGUUUACGGGUCUGAUCAUCUUGCCGUGGCCGCCAUCUUCGAACUGCGACCCCCGCCCCAACAGUACCAAAUGCCCUUAUAGAACCAGCAUUUCUGUGACGCAGCUGCGGGGCCUUCUUCGUCGUAUGGCUACGUACCAUCAUGGUACACCCAGUUUUAAAGGAGCUUGCCUAACGAAUUUUAAAAAUCUGAGUACUUUUUCAUAUACAUGUUAGAUUUUAAGGGUUUGUACUGACACUGACUGAGUAAACGACUUUGGUGCUGGGGCGGUGACAUUUAUACAAUGUUCAUGUCAUGUGAUAACUGGGUGGAGUACUUGUAGGUAGUUACCGCCAUUUUGGUGUGAUUGAUAUUAUCAGAAGGUGCUUUUGAAGGGAAAAUUUUGAAAGUUUUAUUAGGAAUGUUGGAAAGUAGCAUCUGUUAGAUGCUAGUGUGGACAGUUUUUUGUCGUCCAAAUUAUAUUCGUCAAUCAAAUCUUUGUAGAUGUAUGUCUUUGACUAUAAUUGGAAGACUAAUAUUGUGCAAAGCAGGGACAGCCUGCUAGUCAUAGGUACAAUAAACAAUGAUUAUAAUCGAUUUUUAAUAGUAUUACUAGAUCAUGAUAUUUUGAAUUCUCGAUGUCUUUUUGAAUAACUACGUAGAUUUUUUUAUAUAUUAAUAAUUGGUGUCAAUUUAAUAUUAUAAAUGUAGAUGAGUGUAGUGUAGUUUUGACAAAUAGUGUCAACGUAGUUAACAAUAGUUCUUUAAUUCAUUCUACUUAUAUUGGAACUGGUCGUCUAUUGAUAUCUAGGCCUAGUAUUAUUGUAGUACACAUCAGAUUUUAAAAUCGUUUACUGACAUUUGUAGUAAGGCAAGCUGCUGCGUCACAGAAUUGUAACUGAUUAGUCUUAACUGGUCAUCAAUAUUCAUUUAUAUUUCUCUAUAUCUGAUUAUCUAUUAACGAAGCUCAAGUUUUACUGUAGUCGAUUAGUAAUUAAAUUACUUAAUGUAGUAUAAAGUGAAAACAAAGAAUUUCGUAAAACAAUAAUUUUUGGAUAAUAUUUCGUGGUACGACCUCAUAAGGUCCCUGACUGGUAGAACUUGACAUAUACGUGCAUAUAUACAUGUGUAUGACAUGAAAUAUGUUAUAUGAUAUAUCAUGUAACAUGUAAUAGGUAUUAGUAAAGGUGUGUGGUAUUUUGUCAUUUCUAUGUGAUUGAUUAUGUUUAGUGAGUAUUGACAAUCUACCGACGUCUUUGUUGUACAUAUUUUACCAAUGCAAAUUAUACUACUAUUAUUAUUACUACUGAUUUUACCUACAUAAUAAAAAUAUGUCUUCUAUAAACUUUUACAUUUUGACAUUAAAAUUAUAAUUGAUUAUCUACAACCUGAUUGGUUGAGUUCCAAUUAAAAAUAAAAAUAAAGUAAAAACAAGAAAUACAUAAAAAUAUUUUUUAGUUAAACGGUUUUAAUAAGCUGUAUUCUACUAAUCAAACCCUUACGUUUGAUAUCCAUAAUGGACGAUAAUAUUAUAGAUUAAGAGUGUGUACCAAAAAUCAAAUCGAUCUGUUAUUAGUAAGCGGGCGCCCGCGACGGUCAACCGUGUCUACGUGUCGGUGGACUCCGUGGGUACGCGAUGAUCCCCCCCCCUCGCGGAGACCGAUUUACGCAGUGUCACUAGUUCAAUUUUAACGAUUUGCUUGUGUAGUCGUGUCGAUGAAGAACUUAAUUUAUAAUUACGUAGCAAUUUACGACGACUAGCAAAAGUAACGACAGCUAAUAAGACCGUCUAUUGAAUCUAGGUUGUUGUGCGGGGAAUUUAUUGUAAAGCUCAGUAAAUUAAGAAAAAAAAAAAUAUAAUUAUUUUAAUGAUUUUAUACGGGUAUACGACGAAUUAUUUUCGAAAAUGGAACCAUAUUUCCAAACCAUUCUUUGUAAAUUUCAAUCCUUGCCGCUGUCUCGGUCUUUAUAUAAUUAAUUCGCUUCCCAUAGGGCAGGGUGACACUGCACUUCCACAAUUACCGUCUCUGCGUCGAAAGACAUUGUCCUUGAUUUUCUACAUACGUGUGUGGAACCCGUAUCACCCAGCGCUAUUGACUUAACGAGCCCGUGCGCGACAGGAUCCGUCGUGUGAUGGAGGACUUUCGUAUGAAACCGCGCGGGUGCCCGCUCAACGCAGUUCCGGCCUAAGGGGGUGAAAUAACAAAUAUACAAAAUUUGACCCAAACAAACUAACGGGGCAAGCUAAAUAAAACCGUUUAAUAAAUAGGGCGUUUUGCCUCUUUAUUGUAAGUCGUAUAAAAAAAAGAAGUUUCUGCACAAAAUUGUAACGAUUUAGGCGUUUAACUAAUUGUGUAAUUACUAUGAGCUGAAUUGGGUGAAAUUUAGCGUGUAACGUUAGGAUAAGUUAACUUGCGAUACGUGUAAGGAAAAUGGUUAAACCACGUUUUAGACGAUUUAAAUUAUUUGAGGAUUCGUCGCUAUAUAAUAUUUAAAUUAUUACGAAUGGGGGACUAUAUUACAUUAUUUAUAUCGUGUAUUAGAUGCUUAUACAUCAUGAUAUUCGCAGCUCAGUCCACAUAAUAACAUUACUAAUUUCCUGCCGCUCUUUGCUAUUGUUAUGCAUUUUAAAUGGAUAAGAAUUACAAACAUUACGCUUCAACUUCAGUCACGUGUCUUAUGGUCCAUAGAUAUUGUCCAUUUUACGAAAAUGGCAUCCUUUGACCUUUCAGACUAAUGUUGGAGCGUACUCGAUUACUUAGUCAACCAAUAAGUACUUAUCUUUUUAAUAUAAAAGGUAAACAUAUCGUACUCUCUUUGUAUUCCUAUAAAGAUAUGAGCUGACUUAAUUUUUAAAUGAUGGAAAAAUAUUUUGGAACUCUUUUUAACUGACUAUAAUAUAAGUAUUGUAUUCUAUUUUAGAGCAUAUCGAAAUAAACUCGCUUUUUAUAAUAUGUAUUCUUAACGUAUUUACGCUUUUUAAUUCAUCAAUGUCGUAGGAACUGUAGAUUAUUGUCUAUGUAUAAUCGAAACUUUAGUCGUUUGAACGCCAUCGCCAGACCGCGGACGCAUCGACACGAUACCACCGCCACACGAAUUAACAUCGCAAAUAUCUCUAAAAAGAUGAGAUUUGAAGACGGUUUCGGAAAUGUUCGAAGACCAGUUAAUAAUUGGUUUUCAACCCCUAUUUUUGAAAUAGGAUAUUGCUUAUAAAAUAGGCUCAAAAUAUUGCCUACAUUGAUGUUCUUCUUGGCUGUAGCCGUUGGUAGCUGGUGUGUAGUGCAAGCUGUCGUUUAUUGUCUAUAUAGUAGCCGUCUGUGGCGUUCAAAAGAUUUCCAUAUCUGAUAACGAAGCUAUCAAUAGGAUAUGCUCAAUGUAUGUAUCGUAAUCCUGUAUUCUCAGAUUAAUAGAUUUUGACUUGAUUAUUAAUUUAUUAUAUCAGUUGUAAGGAACAAUGACGUGCUGGGAGAAUUAUUUGAAUAUUUUGUUUUGUUUAUAAUUAUCUUCAGGAAAACGUUGUAUUUUUGAUUUUUGUAAUUAUUAGUCA